GCGUGCUUGUUGCAUUGUCUCCAUUCUGUGGGUGCAUUGCCUUGCUCCUCCACAAUGGAGGCGGUUGACUGAGCCCAUGCCAGGGUUCAUGGGUAUAAAGGGGGUUGCCUGCAGGCUGCUGGCCAUGGAGAAUGUGCGAUGGGCUUUCCACUGUGGCUCUUGGGCUCCCACCCGUGCAGAAUGGCUGCUGUGUGCCCAGUGUGUGCAGCCAGAAGAGAAGCACCGCAUUGGGCAGUUCAUGUUUACCAGGGAUGCCAAGGCUGCCAUGGCUGGUCGUCUUUUAAUAAGAAAGUUAAUUGCUGAAAAGCUUCAGAUCCCUUGGAGUAAAAUAUUGCUGCAAAGGACAGCAAAAGGAAAACCAUUUCUCGCCAAUGAAAUCUCAAGCCAACAUCUGAACUUUAACUUCAAUGUUUCUCAUCAAGGAGACUAUGCUGUACUCGCAGCCGAACCUGAGCUACAGGUUGGAGUUGAUAUAAUGAAAACAGAUCUACCAGGUAGUGGUUCAACUGAGGAGUUUUUCCGCCUGAUGAAUCGUCAGUUCACAGAGAAGGAAUGGUGUACAAUUAAGAGCAUGAACUGCAAUAGGAGCCGGCUAGACAUGUUCUACAGACACUGGGCUCUAAAAGAAAGCUUUAUAAAAGCCAUAGGGGUCGGGCUCGGAUUCAACCUUCAGCGAAUUGAGUUUGAGGUGUCUCCUAUCAAUAUGGAAACGGGAAAAGCUUAUGGAGAGACCAAGAUGUGGCUGGAUGAAGAACAAGAAAAUUGGAUUUUUGAAGAGUAUUUACUGGAUAAUCAGCACCAUGUUGCUGUUGCUUUAGGGGAACUAGAUGAACCGAAAAAAGAAAAUUCCAAGAAAGUGACAUGUGAAAAUACAAUGUUUACAGUCCUUACAUUUGAAGAUCUGAUGGCAUCUGCAGUUCCAAUCACAUCAGAAGACCCAGAAUACUGGGAUAACUUUCAAUCAAAACAAGAAGUACCAUUUCGACAAAGAUCAAAUCCAAGCUAAUAACUGU